AUGUCUCAGGGCUACGGCUCUUACGACCCUCAAGGCCACAAUAACUAUGGCUAUGACCAAAACUGGGGAGGACAAGCCGGUGGCUAUCAAGACCAACCACAAAACUAUCACCAAUCUGUCCCAUAUAGUGGCGGCUUAGAUCAGUCUGGUCUCCCAGUGAUGCCGAGCAUGAGCGCUACUUUCAUUCCGGGUAAAGAUGAUGACUGGACGAUGCCGGCCCCCGAGCUGAUAUCCCCAGCACCCCAGAGGCUUAUGCCCGAAGUCCCUACAAAUAUUGCUGACUCGAUCGGAACAAUGGAAAGCAAGGCGACGACACAUCUCGGUAACCAACAUCCAGCGCCUGUCGAAGCUCCAACCCACCGCGAUCUGUUUGAGGAACCUUCAUGGACCCCGUUUCCGAAACUUGAAAACCCGGGCCCAAAUAUACCCCCUACAGAUGAUGAGAAAGAGCGGUAUCUAGAAUCCGCAAGACUAGCAGUUUUGGCUUCCGAUGAUCCCGACACUCAACUAGCCUGGGCCCAAGAUUCUCUAAAUUUUGUAGACACAUCGUUACAGUAUCUUGCUAGAACAUCGGAGGAUGGCCGGCCGCAGACCCCUGCCGUAGAAUAUCAGCUCAGAAGUGAUGCCUUGAACAUUGUCAACUUUCUUGCGGAGCAACACCACCCAAAAGCAGAAUUUAUGAAAGGUACAUGGUUGGAAUUUGGCAAAUUAGGCUUCAGGGUGGACCGAAGAGAAGCAUUUCGAUGUUAUUCACGGGCUGCUGACCGAGGCUAUGCCCGAGCGGAGUAUAGAAUGGGAAUGCAGUAUGAGAAUUCAAACGAGCCCAUGAAGGCUAUUAAACACUACACUCAAGGAGCAGCUCUUAACGACUCUGCCUCUAAUUACCGUCUUGGUAUGAUGACUUUGCUAGGUCAACAUGGCCAAACCCAAGAUUACAACCGUGGUAUAAUGCUUGUUAGGCAAGCUGCGGAAACUGCAGAUGAAAACGCGCCGCAGGGAGCCUACGUUUACGGAUUAAUGCUUGCUAGAGACCUGCCAGGUCUUUCGAUCCCAGAGAUCUUCCUCAGCUUGGACGCCAACCAAGCCAAGGUAAUGAUUGAAAAGGCUGCUUUUCUGGGAUUUGCAAAGGCUCAGGUCAAAAUGGCCCAGGCGUAUGAGCUAUGUCAGCUAGGAUGCUCAUUUGAUCCGGCACUAUCUCUACACUACAAUGCCUUAGCUUCGAGACAAGGUGAACCCGAAGCUGAUAUGGCAAUUAGCAAAUGGUUCCUUUGCGGACAUGAGGGCGUUUUUGGCAAAAAUGAAGAAUUAGCAUUUAAAUAUGCCAAACAAGCGGCGAAGAGUGGACUUCCUACUGCGGAGUUUGCUAUGGGUUACUUCUACGAAAUCGGGAUGCAAGUCCCAGUCAAUUUGGCGGAAGCUAGAAGCUGGUAUAACAAGGCUGCUGCCCAUGGUAACAAAGACGCGAAAGGCCGCCUGGAUGGGAUAUCGAGAUCGAGAACGCUCUCUCGUAACGACCACGAGCGGGUGGCACUACCAAGAAUUCGCGCUAGCCGGUCAGUUCGGAUACCAAACAGGCCGACUUCAACGGCGGUAGAUAUGCCCAACCCAGUUAUACCACCCGCUGGGAUGCCCCAACCUCAAUUCAGUCACACCAAUAACAACGCAAUCCGUUCCUCUACCCCCGGCUUCAUAAACCCAGCUACGGGAGGUAUACAACCUUUCGUGACGGAGCCCAGUGCAGCAGCUCCGCUAAGAACAAGUUCGAUAACCCCUUAUCCGACAAGCCCAACGACAGGUAAUUUUGGAGGUGGUCUUGGCCGGCCAUCGAGUGCCAUAGGGCCCUCGAAUCGGCCAAUGUCCGCAGCUCCCCAUCUAGGGCAUAUGACACGCCCUCAGACUGCUGUUCCUUCCGGAGUUCUCGUUCCCGCUGGUACAUAUCCCACACAGGGCGGACGCGGUGGGCCAGUUCAGAGGCCGGCAUCUGCCUUCUCAGCUCCAAAUACCAAUAAACCGGCAUUCCCCACCAGCCAGCCUCUACGCCCUCAUGGCCAAGGUCGCGGCGUUUCAAUUGGGAGCAUACCAUACCCAGGCUUUGAAGCGCCUCUACCCGCUCCGAAGGUCGAAAAACCAAUUCAAAAGCCAACCAUUCCAAGUGACAAAGGGCGGAAACAAUCUUUCACACCACAACCGCAAGCAAUCGUGAGCCCACCAGGCUCACGCCCAAACCCGACCCCGACCCCGACCCCCAACCUUCCAGUGCAAACGUCCUUUUCCGCAGCCCAACAGACCAAACCCGCACCCCCACCCGCGCCUGUCCUACAAACUCCGGUCCAGCAGAAGCCUCUCGUUCCCAUUCAAGCACCAACACCCCAAGCAAAACUGGACAAUAUCCCACCGCCUUCUCCAAUCAGGCCCCAACGUACAGAUUCCAUUCCACCGAAGUCCCCAACUCUCUCGGGUAACAGCGUGAGUGGGAAGAAGCGAUUUGAGGACUACGAGUGGCUCCCGCCCCCGCAAAAGGAGCAAGAAUGCGUUGUCAUGUAG